AUGACAGUCAAUCGUCCCCUAGGCUUCAAAGUUGCAGAGCCUACAUAUACCCCUGCACCCCGCCCACGUCGCAUCACCCUCCCGGGCCGCACAGUGACUUUAGAACCACUCCAAGCCUCACAUGCAGAAGAACUAUUCCCCCAUAUCGGCGGUAACGAGCACGGCUGGUUAUGGGAUUACAUGCUCGGCGGUCCUACAGUGACCGUCGCCGAAUUACAGACAUAUCUCGCGGAUUUCGAGAAAUCCGAAAGUUCAAUCUUAUGCGCUAUUAGGGUCCAUGCCGAUACAGAUGCUAGUGAGAGUAAGCUGAUGGGAUACAUCGGCCUCUUGAACAUCAUCCCUGUCCAUCGCAGCAUUGAAGUGGGCCAUGUUAUGUACUCCCCAGCAUUACAACGGACAACACCUGCCACGGAAAGCGUGUUUCUGUUGGCUCGCUACGCAUUCCGAGACUUGGGCUAUAGGCGCCUAGAGUGGAAAUGCAAUAAUCUCAACGAAGCCUCAAAAAGGGCGGCCCGGAGGUAUGGGUUUGAGUUUGAGGGCGUGUUUCGGCAGCAUAUGAUCAUCAAGGGACGCAAUCGGGACUCGGCGUGGUUUUCGUUGUUGGAUUCGGAGUGGGUGGAGGGAGGUGUAGAGGAGGGGUUUGAGCGGUGGUUGGACGGGGGCAAUUUUGACGCGCAGGGGAGGCAGAAGAGCCGGUUGGAGGAUUGUGUAAAGAAGUGA